GCAGAUGCCCGCCUGGACAAGAAUUGUUUCGAUUUCCGCUUGGUCGCUUUUGCUUCGGUUGUUCCAGAACUGACCGACUCGCCCAUUCAAGCACAUUGAAUUCCAUCAGCAUUCAUUUCCUGGCGUUGUUCGGCCAGCGAUGAUUUAUUGAAGCGCUGUUUCUCCUGUUUGCUCAAGGCCGCGCGACUGCAGGAUCCAACACACUCUCAACCAUCGUAGCGAUUGCGAAAAUGUUCUCCUCUGCGCUCCACGAGGGCGGCCCAGCCAAAGGCACGCGAAGCAGUCGUCGCCGACAGCGUCCUCUCAGUUCCGAAACCUCUCUUCAGCAGCCAAAGGCGAAGCGCCAAAGGGUGCCGCUGUCCGAGACCACCUUCGCAAAUCCCGAUGUACAGCCCGACAUGUACGAGGUCAAACCCGACAGGAUCGACCUGAACACGGCCAAGCGCGACGGCAUUGAGAAUGCUGGCGCUCCGCAGAAGGAACUCAGUGUACGGUCCAAGAAGGCCAAGCCUGGCGAGAGGACGACCAAGGGCGACGGGAGCAUUGUUUUGACCGCAAACAAUGCGUUUACAGUGAGCAAGUUGCCGUCAGUGCCAGAUAGACUCCGCGCAGACGCGCAAAGUAAGACCGAUGCUCUUGUGCCGCUCCAGGGCGGACUGUUUCGUGGACCAGCUUUGCUAAAUUCUUCCAAAGACCGACAGCACGGCGCCAUCUACUCCUCGACAGGCUACGCCCUGACGCUCACCCAUACCCACGCCUUCGUCUGGCCCUAUACCUCGACGACAGCGUCACCUGAAACCUUCAUUUUCACACUCCCAUACCCCUCGAAGCAUGCGUCCGACCCUCUCCCGCUCGCGUCUCUGGUUACCCCGUCAGCAGCCUCGGAAGAGCCCGGCCUGGUCAUCAUCAUGCCCGUGAGCGGUAAAAUCGCAUAUUGGGAAUCCAUCUCGAGCGCGGCCACCCUCGACUUCAUCCGCCAACAACGGACUGGCGUCGAGGACUCAAUAUCGGGAAUGUACUCGGGCGAGCACGUCACUCAGAUCGUUAAUGCCGACUCUGCAGGCUUCGUCCUUGUUUUCAGCUCCGGCCGGAUGGCGUACAUGAGCGUGAGGGACGGACAUGGGCGACCUGGGAUCACAGUUCAGUUCCUUCGGAGCGCUCUCGGUGGCAAUGCCCUGGGUUUCUUCGGGACCAUUCGUCAAGCCUUGAGCUCCGCCGCCUUUCGCGGUGAGAUUGCUGCCGCGCGGGCUAGCCACGGGUCAAAGAUUGGAGAGCGUGUGAUAGUCGCUGCGACAUCCAAGGGGCGGUUGCAUUCCUGGAGGAUCCACCGCAGUGGCCACCACGAACUUCUCGCCGAUUUCGAUAUCCGAGACCGGCUGCUCGAAGCCGCUUUUGAGGCAGACCCUACUGCCAGCAACUUCCCGCAAGACUCUUUCGAGGUGCUCGACUUCACCUUUGUGCCCCGUGGCUUGGAACAAAAGUACAUCAGGGCCAGUCGAUUGAGCGAGGCCCUAACCCACGAAGAAGAGUCGUUGCAGCACGCCUUACUCUUGGUAUCGUUUUCAAGGCAGCAUCAGGCCCGGUAUUCACUUGUUGAGGUAGUCAUAAGCCCGGAGGGUCCUCGGGUCGGAACGGUCCGCCCGAUGACGUCGUAUACCAGCAGCGUGAGGCCCGGUGCCCCGGCAAAGCCUCGAAUCUAUCUCCCGCGCCCUGCUCUUGUUGCCUUCAUUGUCUUCGACAGAGCAGUUGUUAUCGCCUCCAUGGUCGCCCCGCCUGACACACCGGAGACACAAUUGCAGGAGGAUAGCCACCUGGUACCGCCUACCUUCGAAGAUGUGGUGGAUUUCCGGGACGAGGAAACGCUUCAGGUUGUCGGCUCCGGCGUCGAGGAGCCCAUCGGGAAUGGGCACGCUCAGGACGACUUACGGCCGCACCGCCACAGGACGAAGAACCCUACAGCAGUGCUCCUACUACAAGGAGUCGGGACCGUCCGGAUCGCAGUCACCGACAUUGACCGGUUCGCUAGUGACGCACCGCCCAAGGUUACUGCGAAGAGCAAGCUAGAGCAGGCCGUGUUCUUUGGCGUCAAGGGCGAUAAUCCCUUAGUGUUCCAAGGCAGGAGAAAUCUCCCGUUCUCCGCCCAGGAAAUCGGAAACGCCGCCAUCGAGUUGAGCCACGAGAUCGUGAGCUCCAAGACGCCAUUCAUUGCAAACUUGCCGGCGUCCCUUGAGAACAACAUGAAGAGCCGAAUUGUGUACUUGGACGGGCUGAUCGUCUAUCUCAGCUCGCUCAAGAUUGACUUGGACAUGCGGACUCGUUGGAUGCUGCUCUUUAAUGCCGAGAAGAUGGCCGUUGCGACAUGGAUUUGGCAGAAACAUGAGCAGUUCCUCGCAGAGCGUCCCAAGGGAGACAGGAAAACCCUUAUAUCGGAAACGGCAGUCUACAUCAACGAGAAUCAGAAGACGGAGCUCAAUGUGGCCGUCGGCCAGGUGGACCCUGUCCGCCACUGGUUCAUCAACGACGUGUGGCGGUUGGACAUUUUUGUGGCCUGGGCUUAUCAAAUCAUCAAGUACCACUUCACCGAGAAGCUGUCGGAUGAGGCUGGCCUCAACCGUCUGGUUUGGGAGGCUGUUACCGUGAACAACGGAGCUCUGUUCGAGGCCCGGCAGUUCCGGCUCAACCUAGCAAGGCAGUACGGCGUUGACCCGACCAACAUUGCGGGCGGCAACGCCCUCCCAGAACCCUGGACCGCGACGUUUUUCAUCACAAAUAAUCUCAAGCGGCUGGUGGAGUUCUGCUACCAAUGGCUUGAGAGGUACUCGGGACAGUCUUCCGAAGACUCGCCCGUUGACCCCCGCCUUCUCGAAUCCAUCCGACAUCUCCUGCCCUCGUUAACCAGCCAGUACCUUACCUCUCUGACCGAGUUCUCCAGCUGGGCUUCGUUGAGUGACGACCCGCAGGCUCAGGAGCGCGGGCGAACUUACCAGCAAAUCUACCAAGAAGAUGUUUUCACCAAGAUCUUGAGGCUGAAGGAUUUCAACCUUUGGGAGGAGGCCAUCGACCUCGCGAAGGAGUACAGGUCUUUUGACUCGCUUGCCGAGGUUGUGGUACAGCAGAUACUGGCGUUGGAACAGAGCGCGAUAGUGGGGAACACGACCGACAGCGCGCAGAACCUCGCUCUUGCUAAGCUCAAGAAGCAGAAAAUGGGCCGCUUGUUUGACGAGUACAAGGAGAGCUUUGCGUUCCGCGCCUACGAGGUUCUUCUCGAGCACAGCGGGGUCCAGGCGGUGCUUGACUUCCCGUACGACAAGAACGGCUAUGCGACCAAGUUCUUGCGGACCAAGCCGGAGCUGGCCAAGAUCUCCUGGAUCAACGAUAUCGAGCGGGAGAAGGACAUUGACCAUGCCGCCGAGACCCUGCUGGACCUGGGCCUCACACGCGAGCAGCAGGUCUGGAACAAGAAGAUCGAGCUCAGCCUGGGCAAGCUGGCUCUGCUUGCCGAAGAUGCCGAGCAAGCUGCCACCAUUGACGGCGUCAGCAGUGCCCCUUCUGAGAACGAAGGGAAGAACGGCGUCAACCUCGAGAAGAUUGACCAUGCUCUGGAACUUAUCAAGAUUCAGGACGCUCUGUAUAGUCAGAUCCUGCCCACCAUCCAGGAAGGCGUCGACGAGUCGGCAGAAGUGGAACUUGCUGUCAAGGAGUACGGGGUUUUGAUCCCGAAGAGGCACAAGGCUCUUCUACAGGUCUUUGAGGAUUCCAUGGGCCGCCUGCUCCGGCACGAAGCGCUGCAGUCACAUACCUUGAUUGACCUGCUCACUCUCGCAUCUCUCCCACCCAACCACUACGACACCAUCGGCGACCAGUUUUACCUGGCUCUGCAGGUCGCCCAGUACGGCCUUAAAGGCGAGGAGCGCUCCAAUGCCGAGCGGCUCAUCUGGCGCCGUUGCUUCAACCGGGACGACUGGAAGCGCGUCAACGAGACCAAUGAGAAGGGCGACCUCGACCAGCUGGAAACGGUCGGCCAGACGGCGGCCUACCACGCCCUCUUCGCAGUUGUUGACGAGCAACACUCCAACCCGACAUUCCAACCUUACGUCAAGCCGUCGGAUUGCCUCGGCGUUUUUACAGAGACCCUCGACCGCCGCUUCGACAGCAUGGACGACGGGUUUCGGGGCAAGCUGCUCGAUGCCAUGCGCUGGGAGGACAGACAGCUGCGCGCGGCCAUUGAGAAGGCGCAGCUCGAUGCGUGGUAUCGCACGACCAAGGAUUGUGCUGAGAAGACGGUCGCUGUCACGUAUGACCGGCUGACGGCGGCAGUGAGGAGGGCUCAGCAGCAGGGUGGUAAGGGUGUUAGGGAGGGGGUGGAUGUUGGUGGUGGUGGUGCGGAGGGGUUGGAUGGGUGGAAGGGGAUGGGGAAGCUGAUGCCUGGAGCUUUGUUUACGGUUUGA